UAUCUGAUUUUCGCAACGGCGGGUGGUGACUGGUGAGAGAGGGUUGGUGGACGACGGAACUGUCUGAAAAACAAGAAAAACUAUCUUUUAAUAUUCACGCACGCACUGACGCACAUUUACAGGGUUUAUAGAGUUGUGAUUCUUGGCCAGACAAGUGGAAUUUUGCGGCGGCGUUUCUCAGCUUUGUGAUCUCGUUGCUACAAUCAGAUUAUAGUAUAAAAAAUUGUAAGGUAGCUGUGAGCUUUUUGUACAGCUGAGAAGAUGGGAUCAGGAUCAGGAUCAUGGCACAUGGAAAAAAGAGCUAAUCUUAGAGGUGAUUCGUCAGCAAGAGAAGUUGAGAAUGCGCCUGAAUCUGGGUGCCUCUCCAUUGUUGUGCUUGGUGCUUCUGGCGAUCUUGCUAAGAAGAAAACUUUUCCUGCGCUCUUUAACCUAUUCCAGCAGGGAUUCCUACACCCCGAUGAAGUUCACAUUUUUGGCUAUGCCAGGACUAAGAUUUCAGAUGAUGAGCUAAGAAACCGCAUACGUGGAUAUCUUAUUAAUGACAAAAGCGCUUCAUCAGAGAAAUUGGAAAAUGUAUCCAAGUUUCUGCAACUGAUUAAAUAUGUAAGCGGUUCUUAUGAUUCCGAGGAGGGCUUUCGGCUGUUGGAUAAGGAAAUUUUGGAGCAUGAGUUAUCAAAAAAUAGCGUGGAAGGAUCAUCUCGGAGACUCUUUUAUCUUGCACUUCCUCCAUCAGUUUAUCCAUCUGUCUGCAAGAUGAUCAGGCAUUGUUGCAUGAAUAAAUCUGAUCUUGGUGGAUGGACCCGGAUUGUUGUGGAGAAGCCUUUUGGCAAAGAUUUGGAAUCUGCCGAGCAACUCAGUUCCCAGAUUGGAGAGUUAUUUGAUGAGCUACAAAUUUACCGUAUUGAUCACUAUUUGGGAAAGGAAUUGGUGCAGAACUUGUUGGUUCUUCGUUUUGCAAAUCGCUUCUUCCUACCACUUUGGAAUCGUGACAACAUCGACAAUGUACAGAUUGUGUUCAGGGAGGAUUUCGGGACUGAAGGUCGUGGUGGAUAUUUUGAUGAAUACGGAAUUAUUCGUGAUAUCAUUCAAAAUCAUCUAUUGCAGGUUCUUUGCCUGGUUGCCAUGGAAAAGCCCGUUUCUCUCAAACCUGAGCACAUCCGGGAUGAGAAAGUGAAGGUUCUUCAAUCGGUUCUUCCGAUUAAAGAUGAAGAGGUUAUUCUUGGACAAUAUGAAGGCUAUAGGGAUGAUCCAACAGUUCCUGAUCACUCAAACACUCCAACUUUCGCAACUAUGGUUCUGAGAAUACAUAAUGAAAGAUGGGAAGGUGUCCCAUUUAUACUUAAGGCUGGGAAAGCAUUGAAUUCAAGAAAGGCAGAAAUACGAGUUCAAUUUAAGGAUGUUCCUGGUGAUAUAUUCAAAUGUAAAAAGCAAGGGAGAAAUGAGUUUGUAAUACGCCUUCAACCUUCAGAAGCCAUGUACAUGAAGUUUACGGUCAAGCAGCCUGGACUAGAGAUGUCAACAGUCCAAAGUGAAUUAGACUUGUCAUAUGUGCAACGUUAUCAAGGGGUUACAAUCCCAGAGGCUUACGAACGUCUAAUUCUUGACACAAUAAGAGGUGAUCAGCAGCAUUUUGUUCGCAGAGAUGAGUUGAAGGCGGCCUGGGAGAUCUUCACACCUCUUCUGCACAGAAUUGAUGAUGGUGAAGUGAAGUCGCUUCCGUACCAACCGGGCAGCCGAGGGCCCGCAGAAGCGGAUGAGCUGCUAGCAAAAGCUGGUUAUGUUCAAACACAUGGCUAUAUAUGGAUCCCUCCCACUCUGUAGAACGCAGCAUGCUUCCUUUUAUACUGAGCUUGAUACGCUUUCUGAUCAGAAUAAGAAUCUGAUAUGGUGUGUGAGCAUUAUACAUGCAACAUGAUACAAUAUGUGAUUCAUAAAUAAGUGCUCAUGUAGUUCGGGCAUGGUUUACUGUUAACAAUAAACGAGAUUCAAGUA